CAUCUCAGAGAAGGAUCAACCACACCAACAUGAAGACUUUCAUACCUUUCGCUCUGGUCUUAAUGGCUUUCUAUCAGCCAGCUGAAAAUGUUAUAGUCAAGGAGGGCGGAUUCUCUUUUCCCCUGGAAGUGGUAAAGAAACUGAAGGAUUUUCUGGACCAGGAGCCAGCAGUUAAACAGAAAUCCCGUAUCGGCCUUAUCAACACAGCAACCAUGUGUAACAGCCCUGGCUUCCCCGAAGAAUUCAAACCCUUGUGCCAAAGCAAAGACGCAAAGGCUUCCCUCACCAGACUGGCACUGGUCACAACCCACAUGGAUAUCUGUGAGAUUUGUGCUUAUGUUGCCUGCACAGGCUGCUGAUUGGCUGACACUGGACAUGUCUACAGACUGCUGUUUUGAUCUCUUAUAAAAUCCUUCCAUUUACCUUUUGCCAAACUGCAAAGUAUUGCUAACUUCCUUACAUAUUAUGGUUACUAUAUGGUUCUUACCAAGUGUUAAGUAUAUUUAUCUGAUCCCUUGAUUACUCCUUAAAGGAGUAAUCAUUUAAAUAUGUGUUUUAUUUCCUCCUGUUCUCCAUUCCCAUUCCCUAUUCUGUGUGUAAAUAUCUAUGUGAAACUUGAUAUUGUCACCUUUUGUUUUCUAUCAUUUUAGUUGUACGUGUUUUUUUUUGUCUCUUAAAAAAA